GACUGGACAAAGCAGGCAGCCGAUUACUGCCCCGAACGCGUUGAAGUUACAAAGCCAGCAAAUGAAUUAGAUCGGGAUAUCAAGCAAAUUCAAAAUCGUUUACGAGAAAGAGAAAAGGAUCUUGAAGAAAUAGCGUCAGAUAUGGCAGUAAAACGUGAUGCUUAUAAACAUGCAAAAACUGAAAUUGGACAUAUGGAACAAUUUAUUCAAGAUCUGAAAUCAGCUUUGCAAUCAC